AUGGCUCCUCCAACUUCUGAGACGGCUUCUCCCAUUGGAAUUGCCAAUCUUCCAAAUCAACGGCACAAAAUCGUUGCCAAACGGGGAGCUGCCUUUACUAUUAUGGUUGCUGGGGAAUCCGGAUUGGGCAAAACGACAUUCAUUAACACGCUUUUCUCGACCACAAUCAAGAACUAUGCCGACCACAAGCGCCGACAUGCCAAGCAGGUUGAUAAAACCGUAGAGAUUGAGAUUACAAAAGCUGAACUCGAGGAGAAGUUCUUCAAAGUUCGCUUGACGGUCAUUGAUACCCCCGGAUUCGGCGAUUACGUGAACAACCGCGACUCGUGGAUGCCUAUCAUCGAGUUCCUUGAUGACCAGCACGAAUCCUACAUGCUUCAGGAGCAACAACCUCGUCGUGUUGAUAAGAUUGACCUCCGUGUCCACGCUUGCUUGUACUUCAUCAGGCCAACCGGUCAUACCCUGAAGCCCCUGGAUAUCGAAGUCAUGAAGCGUCUGAGCUCGCGUGUCAAUCUGAUCCCAGUGGUUGCCAAAGCCGAUACAUUGAGCCCAUCUGACCUUGCCCGCUUCAAGCAACGCAUCCGCGCUGUUAUCGAGGCCCAAGGCAUCAAAAUUUACCAGCCACCUGUUGAGGAGGAUGAUGAGCACGCCGCACAGCAUGCUCGUAGUCUGAUGGCUGCCAUGCCAUUCUCCGUCAUUGGUUCCGAGAAAGACGUCAAGACCAGUGAUGGCCGCAUCGUUAAGGGUCGCCAGUAUGCUUGGGGUGUAGCUGAGGUUGAGAAUGAGGAGCACUGUGAUUUCAAAAAAUUACGCUCCAUUCUCAUUCGUACUCACAUGCUUGAUCUCAUUCACACCACUGAAGAAUCCCACUACGAGGCCUAUCGCGCCUUGCAAAUGGAGACGAGAAAGUUCGGCGAGGCCCGUCCCAGAAAGCUCGACAACCCCAAGUUCAAGGAGGAAGAAGAGAACCUCAGAAAGCGCUUCACCGAACAAGUCAAGGUCGAAGAACAGAGGUUCAGACAGUGGGAGCAGAGACUCAUCUCCGAGAGAGAUCGUCUCAACAAGGAUCUGGAAAGCACUCAUGCUGCCAUCAAACAACUCGAACAGGAACUCGAGCAGAUGCAAGGCUCCGCUGUCCGCAGCCAUGGCCGGCGUUAA